CUUUAUUCCAAGAAACUUAGAAAAGUUUUACAUGUAUACACACAUCUUUAUACCUGAUCUCACUAACUAAUGACUAACUAAACUAACAGAAUAAUGUAAUAUUUCCACUCCUCUUAAAGACCGGUUUCAAAGUAAAAUUAAUUAUUUAUCUGGCCCCCCCCCAAACAAAUCAGAUAGGUGAGUUCCCUGAAGGAAUAUAAUUCCUCCUUAAUAGGAUUAUUUAAGACAUUCAUGUUCCAAAAAGCUACUCUUAAAGUUAUUAAACCUAAAACAUUAGUAUUUUAGUCUGUAAAUGUCAGAAUCAUAUAUACGUAUGGACUUUGACAGUAGCAAAUACAAUUUUCAGGAACAUUAGGAACCAGUAUAAUGUUGACUUCAGGGUCUAAUGCUGCCCGACCACCUUCCGCCUGUUCAUAUACUGGAUCUACACUGUGUAAGAAAAAUAAGCUAAAUCUCUUUUUCCUCUUGAGCCAAACAGUCGUUUAAUCUCUCCGUGGUCAUUUAUGUUACUUUGUUCACACACUGGUAUUAAAACGAUCAUCACGGGGCAGAAGAGAUAAUGACAGUUGGAAUAAAGGUGCCUGUAAGGGCGCUGAUUAGCAGUUGGAAGGUGUUGUAUCGACGCCUUGAUGCUAUUGCGUGAGGACAAAGAAUCCAAACACCAUAAGUGCCUAAAUCUUUUGUAUUCUGAGGCCAGUUCAAAAACACGCUCCACAGCCAAGAGGUUUUUUGUUUUAAAAUCAGCCCCAUAUAUUAAAAAAAAAAGUUAUUGCACACCUACCUCAUAAUAGUGGACUGGACGCUGUUUUGGAAAAUUGUAUUUUGUGGGGAGAAAAACAGUUUGUCUGGGUGGAGGCCUGAAAUGAAGAGGAAAGGCUGGUGUGUAAUUUAUUUUCAGUUUAAUGUGGAUGUAGUCAGAGGGAGUCACAUUUGACAAGUAACCACAACAUUCAUUAUAUUGUUUCAUGGACAUAAAACAUAGAAAAUGUUCCUUCAGAAUGAGACUUUGUUCCGACCACAUGUUACUGGGACGACAACAUGGGAGCACGUCUUUCAUCCAGCUCAUACUGCCGAGCUGUAACCGUGAGCAAGUAGGGAUUCGUUUUCCAGUUUUUGGAAGCAGGUCACAAGAGCCAGUGUAAUUAUGUUUGUCAUGUCGAGUCUGAGGGUGAACGACCUGUCCCCUGCUCACCCCAUUGUUUUCCUUUCUCUCUCUUAUUAUAUGCACGGACAAAUCACAUUAACUUUCUCAGCUUGAGUCUGUCACGGGGGGGUUGAGUAAUACGUGCACGUGGUAGUGCUUGUUCCAGGUGACAAUUACGUUAUCUCCCGAAAGGAAUAUUAUCAAAAUGUAUUUGUUGCCAGAGUCGCCUUUGGCCUGGAUGUUGCUGCGUCAGCACCGUGUCGAUCGGAGGAGAUUGUCAAAGAGAAGCCAACAAUGAGCUUUUAAGUCCGUUUCGACAGAGGUCACUCCAAAGAUUGAUGUACUAGAAAUUAAUGUAAAUGAACACCGGGUCCAUAAUGCUAAUUGAUGCAGUGUUUUCCCUCUUCUGCUUCAGACGCCUGCAACUGUAUCUCAUCGUCAUCCAGUGAGAUCAUCUCCCCCAGAAAGUCACUUUGGAAUCACCUUUACUGUGUCACCUUUUUAUUGUCCUCUGUUGUUUGAGUUAUUAGUAGCAGCCGUGAUCUAGACUAGAGGACAGUUCAGUGGAAAGAUUCCUGUGUGUUGAUUCGCUGUGUCCUCAGGUACAAGGGAAUAAUAUAUAUUUACCAGGAGAGGAUUUCUCUUUAUCCACCUGCAGUAAUUAAAAAAAAUAUCCUUUAAAUGUUUGUUUACAUGCACACAGAUAAUUUACUAAUUCGUGUCUGCUUAGAUUUAAGAUAAAUGUUUCUGUGGCAUGGGUAGUUUAUCCCUCUGUGUGUUGUACUGUCUCAAUGAUACAGAUAUUUAGCACGCUGUUAUUAAUGUGGAUAUGCGUCUACAGACACCAUCAGUCUGUAUUGAUCACAGUACACUCUGCUUGUCUGUGGGAAGGACUGUGGACACUUAGUAUCUCUGUCUGUAGUUUGUAAGAUAAUGUGGUGUUUAGAGCGUUUUUCUCUACGAGGCGACUUCACCUUAUCUUUAAUUAUGAGGAAGUAAUUCAGUGACUCAACAUCUGUCGUAGAUGCAUUUCAUUCAUCAUGGUCUUGAAAAGCAGCAAUGUUAGUCACAUUUGUCUCCACUACAGCCUGAAUUCCAGUAAGAUUAUGAUAUAGUGAACAAUUAUUCGGGCAUUGGGCUAUUAUUAGUAAGACAGAUUAUUUAUUAUAGAGCAAGAGCCAAGAUUCACCGGUGUCUGGUUGCAUUUGUAAGGUGCUUAUUGUCCAGGUCACACUGUGAGUCAGGAUUUCCGUUCCAAAGUAAUGUUCUCACUAAUGUAACACACUGAGUUUGUCGGGUGGAUUUGUUGUACUUGAUUGUUUCAGGAAGUUGAUCGUCAUGUUCUAAGCCUCCACGGUUGUCCACACUUAAAGCCUCUAAGCCUUGUGUAGGAUUUUUGUUAUAGAAUUUUUUAUUUUUUAAUGUUCUAGUAAAUUGUGGAAGGAUGGCAGCGCGCUGGUCCUCGGGCGCACCUGUUACAGAGAGAUAACCAGACUACGCUGGGAUGAUAAAUGUACAGGUGCGGCGUUUUAUCUCCGCUGAACUGAACGUGCCCACGUUCUGCUGCAGAGGAGAGAGCACCAGGAUGAGGAGAGAGUAGGCCCCCGCCGUAGUAUGGCCGCGUCCCGUUCCUCGCGUGUCACAAGGUCAUCAGUUGGGCUCAAUGGAUUGGAUGAGAACUUUUGUGGUCGAACCCUCAGGAACCGCAGCAUCGCCCAGCCAGAGGAGACCUCGGUGUCUCCUCUACCCAGGGCCCGCUCGCCCAAGAAGAGGCAGGACGCCAAGCAGGAGUCGAAACAGGAGUCGAAGCAGGAAACUAGACAGGAGUCGAAACAGGACGCCAAGCAGGAUUCGAAGCAGGACACCAAACAGGAGAGCAAGCAGGAGUCAAAGCAAGAUGUUAAGCAGGAGUCAAAGCAGGACGCUAAACACGAUACAAAGCAGGAUACCAAGCAGAACACUCGGCACGAUGGCCAGCAACAGGCCUCGUUGCAGGGAAAGGAAACUGACUCAAAUGCUUCCCCAGCUGAGGUGGAGCAGUGGACCAGCUCCAGGAAGCGGGGCGUGUCCUGUUUAGAAAAAGACAUUAGUCCUGAGAAGCCCGAGAACUGUGAUAAAGGCAAAGGGGCGCGAGAGGCCUCUCCUCAAAUCAAAAGGGCCAAGCGGUGCUCCCGCUCUGGAGAGUCUCAGGGACCCGAGGAGCAAUCUGAGCCUCUGAAACCUGAAAGUCCAGUAUCUGUACCGGAGCCUAACAAGGACAACAGUUGUGAAGAUUUUCCCAGCCAAAACUCUGCUCACACCGCUCCGGCCUCACCGGUCCUCAGUAAAGAGGAAGGUGAGCUGAUGGCUGUGAAGACAGAGGAUGUUCAUCUGGAGUGCGACGGGGUUUCCCAGCCCCUGAAUACUCAUAAAGCUUCUAAUGGACUCGCAGAGAAUACGGCAGAGGAACCUGGCACGCUCACUGAAGAGACUAGUUCAAGUCCCACCUCUGUCACCAGCUGCCCGUCGCUGCUCAACGGCAGCCAGGUGGGGGCUCCCUCAUCCCCUGACCCUGCUGUGCCUUGUAGAAACUCUGACCCUGGGCAGAUGGAGGUCUCUGGCUCAGGGGAAUCGCCAGCCUCCUCUGCGCCGCCACUUGAGGCUGUUCCAGAGGAUCCAAUCUCUGAGUUGAUAGUGGCCAAGCAGGAGGUGGAGGAGGUGGAGGUCGACGUGGUGGGCGAGACUUUGUGUCUGGCCCACGAGGAGCAGGUGACGGAGAGCGACACUAACGGCCGGCCACCAACACCAGUGCAGGAAGCUGCUGCCUCCACCUCCUACACCACACCCAACACGAACAAUAGUCCAAUCAACAACGGUAACUCAGGAGAAACAACACCCCCACUAGCAACAACCCCCUCCCCCACAGAGCCAGGGUGCAACCCCUCAAUAUCCAGCAUGCCCCCCUCUUUCACGGAGCUCUAUGAACACAGAUACACCCUACGGACUUCACCCAGGAGAGCUGCUACUGGUGGCAAAGCAACCUCCUCCAAGGCCUGCUCUCCUCCUAGAGACAAUGGUCCCUUGAGGGAAGAGGGGGAGGUGGAGGUGGGGCUGGAGGAGGUCUGCCCUAUGGUGGAGGAACCUGCCCCCUCAGACUCUGUUGGCCCCUUUAAGGAGGAGCCAAUGUCGGUGGAUCCCGCGGACAGGGCAGGUGGCGAGGCCGGUGGUUCUAUGGAUCGUAAAGAGGCCGAGAGCAGCAGGGAUCUCACACAGAGCCAGGCUGCGGAGGAGGAGGAGGAAGAGGAGGAGCCAGACGUGUAUUAUUUUGAGUCUGACCACCUGGCUCUUAAACACAAUAAAGAUUACCAGAGGCUGCUGCAGACCAUCGGGGUUCUCGAGGCCCAGCGCACGCAGGCCAUCCUGGACCUGGAGACGUUGGCGCGUCACCAGAGAGAAGCACUCGGCGAUCCCAUCAGCUUUGUGGAGCAGCUGCAGAAACAGGUGAACUUGGGCUUGCCGUGUCCUCAGCGGGUCGUCCAGCUCCCCGACAUCGCGUGGGAACAGUACACCUCAGGACUCGGCGACUUUGAGAGGGAGUUCUGCGACAAGAAGCGCAAAACCCGGCGGCUCAAGCUGAUCUUUGACAAAGGUUUGCCUCUUCGACCAAAAAGUCCAGUAGAGCCCAAGAAAGAGGGCGAGUCCUCCACCAUGUACUCGUCCCUGCCCACUAGUGACGCCCUAGAGAACGGAAGGCAAGCGCAGAUGAUCAGGGGGAGGAUUUGUCAGCCGAACAAGUCUGACACAUUUAACCAGCUGUGGACUGUGGAGGAGCAGAAAAAACUGGAGCAGCUUCUCGUCAAGUUUCCUCCCGAGGAGGUGGAGUCCAGGAGGUGGCAGAAGAUCGCUGACGAGCUGGGCAACCGAACAGCAAAACAGGUGGCCAGUAGGGUUCAAAAGUACUUCAUCAAACUGACAAAAGCUGGUAUCCCCGUGCCUGGAAGAACACCCAACCUGUGCAUGUACACUAAAAAGGCGUCCAGUAAGAGACAGCACCACCUUAACAAGCACCUGUACCGGCCGUCCACCUUCCUCACCUCCUACGAGCCUCCGGUCUUCAUGGACGAAGACGACGAGCGCUCGGCGUAUUACGGAAGCGUGCAGGACCCCUCUGCUGAUGACUCGGAUGAGGAGAGUGUUCCUGUGGAGUUGAGAAAUUUGCCAGAGUACAAAGAGCUUUUGGAGCUGAAGCGACUGAAAAAACAGAAGCUCCAGGAGUUCCAGGAGGAGAAGGUCGGGGUGCGACACCUCGGCUUCAAGUGCGACGUCUGUGGCAUGGAACCAAUCCAGGGAGUGCGGUGGCACUGUCAGGACUGUCCGUCUGACAACGCAGUCGAUUUCUGCUCCAGCUGCUCCGACUGCUUGUACAAGACGGAGACCCACAAGCCGAACCACCACCUGGAGCCGGUGUACCUGUCGGACACCUUUCUGGACAGGGACUACUGCCUGCCGCAGAGCACAGGCUACAACUACCUGGACCCCAACUACUUCCCAGCCAACAGAUGACAGGGUCCCAGGCGCCCAUAGCUCCAGGCUCUCUCCACAUAUCCCACAGGCCACUCUGUGCAUGGCUCCAUCCUCCAAGUCCAAGAUAACCGCUUAACCCGCCGCCAGGCAGGAAGGCCAGCAGGCAGGCAAACAGCCGGGGGGGGGCCUCAGAGCAGACCGACGGUGCUGCUGGUGGGGGGGGGCUGUUGGUAAACUGGCCUCCCUGACUCGAGCAAAAGGGGCGGCCAUGUUGGUUCCUUAGAAUACAGGGGGCCCCCGCUCCACCUCAGCCAGGUUAAUCAACGGAUCUGUGAUUUGAAACGAUGCACACUAUUUUUAAAAACUAACAAACAGGAAAAAAAACAACAAAAAACAAACAAACAGAAGACACACCGACAUUCCCGAGCUCUGUGACUCCAGGAGGGCUGUCCGCUCCCCUCCCCCCGUCACCGUCCUCCAGUUUACCUCCCUGUGCUGCUUCGAAACUGGAGAACCGACGAUCAGUCUGGCGAACGGAGACGUGCGGUCGACCAGUGUGUCAUCGUGGACUGUGAAGUCAUCAACUGAGAUACACACAGACGGUUUAAAUGUGUGUGUGUGUGUGCGUGCGUGCGUGGUCUCCGUGUUAUGCAAGAGUGAAAAAAUGUUUUAGGUAGGAAUCCGUAGAUUGAGUAUUUAUGAGUUGCAGCCUCAGCAAGGGGGCGCUGCUGUGAGACGCUCGGGGGGGGGGGUCGAGGCUGCUGUGUUUUCCCGGCUGCAGAUCGUUUGAAGUCGAUCUGCAGACGACCUGUACGUGAUCGUGGAGCCGUCACUACCACUGUCACACCACGUCGCUCUCUGACCCUCUCACCCUUUCACACACACACACACGUACACGGACACACACACUUUCAUCUCUUGUUUCCUUUCCCCCUUCGCUCUCUCUCCACUAAAUCAUGUCUAACAAGGAAGCACUACAGCACGGAGAGCACGCGUUUCUGAAGGCAGGCGGACGAGAACGUACGAAAUGAUACACGAUCAUUUUUCUGUUUCCGUUUUCUUUUCUGCUCCCCCAGUGUAUGCUGUUGUUGAUUAUGUUGAGUGUACAAGUAUAUGGUGAAAAGUAGCCAGUGCUAGUUGCUGUGUGCCAUUUUUAAAGAAGAAUCUUUUGUUUUGUUUAUUUUGUUUUGUUUUUUUUGCAAGGGGGGGCCACACCUCCUCCCUUCUUGCGUGGCGCCAUCGACCCACAUUACCCCGACAUUAUCGAUCCAGUCAUCAUGCCUCUAGAUCUUUAAUUUUUGCAGUUCACUUUAAAAAGGUCCAUUUAAAAGAUUGUAUUUUUAUUAAUCUAUUUAAAAAAAAAAAAAGAAUUGAGGUCUUGGUUGGUGCCUCCGCAGUGGAACAACCCACACAGUUUUAUACACAUAGAUUUUGUUGUGCUUGAGUAGACACCAUUUUGUAUGGUUUUCGUCUCCUUCCCCCCCCUUUGCCCCGCUUCAGUAUCUGUGUAUAACAGUCUGUUCUUAUGUAAAAAAAAUAAUGUAAAAAAAUGCUAGAGGAGAACCGUGGAAAUAAAAGUAUGUGAAAAUAGUGUUUCUA